UUUUUUUUUUGGCUUUGCAUAUCUCGAAAGAAAAUAAAUGAAGUUUGCAAUAAAAACGAAUUGUCUCUAUUUGCUUUUUUUACUCAACUUUAUAGCAACCAUCAAGGCUUCUCCUGAACUGAUCGUGCAAAACGAUGAUCGUAAUAUGAUCGAGGUUGCAGAGUUUGGUUUUUUGCCUGGAGGUCGCUUAACUCUAAACCUUAUGGACUUGAAAUGGCAUGAAUUAACUGGUGGUGUAGCAGCAUUCUAUAUAAGAAAAGGUCGAAUAUUACAGGAAGAAUAUAAUAGUUAUGGAGACCGAGAUCAUAUCCUUGUAGACUAUGAUCAAGAGUGUUUUCUGAACAAUAGUUUUAUUCGAGACGAAGUCAAUGAUGGAGUUAGUUUAGUAGAAUAUUUACCUGAACAAGCAACAGAGUGGACAAAAACAAUAGAAGUCAAAGAAGGCGAGCAAGGUCUAUGGGAAGUCUUGUUUGUGAGUUGCAGACCAUCCAGAGUAUCAUUUAAGUUGUUAGUAGAUCAGCUUAACCCUAAUGGAAAUUACUUGUCAGCUGGUGAUAUUCCUUUACCCUAUGUUUAUGCAUUUUCUUCCGUUGCUUAUGCAGUAAUCGCUGUCUAUUGGACUGGUUUGCUUAUUCUUAACAAGAACAAUGUACAGGUAUUCCGAGCGCAUUGGCUGAUGUUUGUUCUGUUGCUGUGUAUUGUUAUUAACAAGUUAUUGUUAUCUUUAAAAUAUCAUUAUAUGCGCUUGGGCUUGUUAUCAGAAGGCUGGAAAAUUGGAUUUUAUGUCUUUGCUUGCAUCAAAGGAAUUCUUAGUCUAUUGAUUAUUGUGUUAUUGGCAUCAGGAUGGACGUUUAUCAAGCCAUUUUUAUCUACCCGAGAUAAACGCAUUAUUUCUAUGAUUAUUCCUUUGCAAGUAUUGGCUAACAUCGCUUCAGCAAUAGGCAACGAAACUGCCCUUGGAUCAAGUGAUUGGCCUUAUUGGAAUACGGUACUGCCUCUUAUUGAUCUUGCAAGCUGUAGUGCUAUUUUAUGGACAAUUCUUCAGACAAAAAAGCAUUUAGCAUCUGCUGCUUCUGUUGACGGCAAAGAACAAGAUGUGCUGAACAAAUACAAACUUUGGUCUUCUUUCUAUCUGGUGACCUUGGUCUAUAUCUAUAUUACACGUAUUAUUGUUCAGUUGCUUCAAGCUUGUCUACCAUUUCAAUAUGUUACUUGGUUUGGUGAAGCAGUGAAUGAAGUGACUACAUUUUUGUUCUAUGUCUUUGUGGGCUAUAAGUUUAGACCUUAUCCUAAUAACCCUUAUAUUCAAGUGACAUCCAAUGAUGAUGAUGGUGAUGAAGAAGAGUUUGACAUGACAAGUCCUGUCCAAAGAGUAACAUCUCGUACUUGAUUGUACCUUCUUUCAAAUGAUCAACAUUGCUGGGCUUAAAUCCUUACAGCUGGGCUCGUAAUGCCUGUUUGGAAUUUAAAAGACUCUCUUCUUUUUUG